AUGUCUACUACCACUACCAAAGCUGAACAACCUGACUACUCAAUCAACAACUCUGAUGUUGUUGAAAAAUAUAGAACCGCUGGUGCUAUUUCUCAAAAAGUUUUAGCUCAUGUUAAAACUUUAGUUGUCGAUGGUGCUAAAAUCUGGGAUAUUGCUCAAGAAGGUGAUGCUUUAAUUGAAGAAGAAACUUCAAAAAUCUACAACUCCAAAAAGAACAAAGUUGAAUCAAAAGGUAUUUCAUUCCCAACUUCUUUAUCACCAAAUAACAUUGCUGAUCAUUUAUCCCCAUUAAAUGCUGAUGAUAAACAAGCUAAUUUAACUUUAAAAAAUGGUGAUGUUGUUAAAAUUCAUUUAGGUGCUCAAAUUGAUGGUUUUGCUUCAAAUGUUUCUGAAACCGUUGUUGUUGGUGCUUCAACCUCUGCUCCAGUUACUGGUAAAAAAGCUGAUGUUUUAACCGCUGCUUAUAAAGCUUCAGAAGCUGCUUUAAGAACUAUUAAACCAGGUAACAAGAACUGGGAUGUUACCAAAAUUGUUGAUAAAGUUGCUAAAGAAUAUGGUGUUGUUCCAUUAGAAGGUAUGUUAACUCAUAAUCAAGAACGUAAUGUCUUAACUGGUCCAAAAGAAAUCAUUAUAAAUCCAAAUGAAGAACAACAAAAACAAGUUGAUUCAUUUGAAUUUGAAGAAGGUCAAGUUUUCGGUCUUGAUAUCUUAAUUUCAUCAGGUGAAGGUAAAGUUAGACCUUAUGAUGCUAGAACUACUAUUUAUAAAUUAACUGGUAACAAUUAUCAAUUAAAAUUAAAAUCUUCACAUUUAGUUUUGAAUGAAAUCAAAAGAAAAGCUUCACAUUUCCCAUUCUCAAUUAAAAACUUGGAUGAUCCAACUAAAGGUCGUGCUGGUUUAUCAGAAAACUGUAACCAUCAAACUAUGAUUGCUUAUGAUUUAUACCAAGAAAAAGAAGGUGAAGUUAUUGCUCAAGUUUAUGUUACUGUUGCUUUAACUAAAAACGGUUUAGUUAAAUUCUCAUCAUCAUCAUUUGAUGAAUCAAUUGUUAAAUCUGAUAAAGUUUUAAAUGAUGAAUUAAAAGAAUUAUUAUCUAAACCAUUAAAAGUUAACAAGAAAAAAGCUACCAAAGCUUAG